AUGUCGUCGGUGGUGUACAAGGACUGGAAGUUCACCGAGCAGGGCCUGCCCGACGAUCUCAUCAAGAGGGGCAUGGCGGUGGAGGACCCGUCGAGCCCGUACAAGGUGCGGCUGCUGGUGUCGGAUUACCCGUACGCGGCGGACGGGCUGGCGAUCUGGCACGCCAUCGACGAGUACGUGAGCGAGUACCUGGCCAUCUACUACCCCAACGACGGCGUGCUCCAGGGCGACGUGGAGCUGCAGGCGUGGUGGAAGGAGGCGCGGGAGGUCGGGCACGGCGACCUCAAGGACGCGCCAUGGUGGCCCAAGAUGCAGGGCGUGGGCGAGCUGGCCAAGGCGUGCGCCACCAUCAUCUGGAUCGGGUCGGCGCUGCACGCGGCGGUCAACUUCGGGCAGUACCCGUACGCGGGGUUCCUCCCAAACCGGCCGACGGUGAGCCGGCGCCGCAUGCCGGAGCCCGGGACGGAGGAGUACGCGGAGCUGGAGCGCGACCCGGAGCGGGCCUUCAUCCACACCAUCACGAGCCAGAUCCAGACCAUCAUCGGCAUCUCGCUGCUGGAGGUGCUGUCGAAGCACUCCUCCGACGAGCUCUACCUGGGGCAGCGCGACAUGCCGGAGUGGACCUCCGACCCCAAGGCGCUGGAGGUGUUCAAGCGGUUCAGCGAGCGGCUGGUGGAGAUCGAGAGCAAGGUGGUGGGCAUGAACCGCAACGGCCCGGCCAAGUUUCCCUACAUGCUGCUCUACCCUAACACCUCCGACCACAAGGGUGCCGCCGCCGGCCUCACCGCCAAGGGAAUCCCCAACAGCAUCUCCAUGUGA